AUGUCCAGUCCUAUCCGUGUCGAUUCUACCCUUGGCGCGGCGCUCAUUGGGUUCGGUGUGUCUUGUGCACUAAUCGGAGCGCUAUGUGUGCAGGGUUUUUCGUACUUUCGACGGUAUCCAUCUGAUCUACCCGCGUAUAAACUUCUCGUGGCGGCAAUUUGGUGUUUAGAAAUUGUCGAUCAGGCGUUUAUUGGGCACUGCGUGUAUUAUUAUACAAUAACAAAUUAUAUGUCACCGCAAGUUAUGUUGUUUGGAGACGUGAUAUGGACGCUUAUUCUUCAAUUGGUUUUGGGUGCCUUAGUGGGUACUAUUGUUAAAACAUGCUUUGCCAUGCGUGUAUGGCUAUUCAGUGGUCAUAACCUUCCUAUUACAUGCUUAAUUCUCUUCUUGACAUAUGGACAACUCGGUACGCUUCAGAAGGAUUCCCCUGUGCCCAUACUGAAUUCUGACGCCGAGUUCCGAGCAGGGCUUGCCAUAGCAUAUGCCGUUCGAGGUUUUCAGCUGAAUAAAUUGGCGUACAUAUCAAACUUGAGGACUUUGGCUUCACUUUCGCUGGGCGCUGGUGCCCUGACUGACAUCAUCAUUGCACUUUCCUUAUCCUUGUUCCUGCGGAGGCUAAGAACGGGUUACAAGAGUUCGGACUCUGUUGUCAACAGACUCACAGUCUAUGCCAUCAACACAGGUGUUCUUACAAGCACCGUCAGCAUCACGACCUUGAUACUAUACGACUUGUAUCCUACGAACUUCGUGUUUAUGGCCUUCUAUUUUGUUUUGAGCAAAUUAUAUGCCAUUUCUUUCAUGUGCACCUUAAACACUCGACAUAUCGUGAGAGGACGCGGAACAGACAGAGAAAUUGGAACUGCAAGCCCCACAGCUCAUCUAUUCGGCAAUGCAUUCUACAUGGUUCAUCCUCAGACGCUCAGGUCGCAAACGCAAACGCAAAAGACUCAAUUGUCUAUCGGAAUACAUCAAGAAGUUUCCGUAAUGUCAGAUGCCGACGAACCACUGAGCACUCAAGCUACUCAUGCUCAAGAGUUGCCAAUACCAAUGUCUCCGCCUCCGAGCCAGGGUCACAUAACUGCAAACUGACCGGGAUUUGCAGGCUUUUAUCUUAUCUUCAAUGCGGUGACGGAUCCUGACCGCAUACACAUGAUGGCCCGGGAAGAGCAUGCUUUAGAAUGUAAUAUGUGUGU